AAAAAAAAAAAAAAAAAAAAAAAAAAAAGCACCGCAAAAACCUGGCUUGCACCAAUACAACAUAAAAAAAAAUACAAUACACACACAGAGAGAGAGAGACCUACCUCGACUACCAUUCCCAAAUCUAGACGGGGUGGCUUAUACAGGGAGGGGGUGCGCCAAAACAUCAGCGCGGGACAGGAAAAGAGGAGGUGUGACGAGCCGGGAGAUGGCCAAGCGAGCCACAUCUUCCAACGCGAUGCAAGCCCUGUCGAUGGGUCUUAG